UGCUCGGACGAGGCGGGCAACACGGCGCUGCAGUUCGCCGCGGCCGGGGGCCACGAGCCGCUGGUGCGCUUCCUGCUGCGGCGCGGCGCCUCGGUCAACAGCCGCAACCACUACGGCUGGAGCGCGCUCAUGCAGGCGGCCAGAUUUGGGCAUGUGAGUGUGGCACACCUCCUUUUGGAUCACGGGGCUGAUGUCAAUGCCCAGAACCGGCUGGGGGCCAGCGUGCUCACUGUGGCCUCUCGGGGUGGCCACCUGGGCGUGGUGAAGUUGCUCCUGGAAGCUGGUGCCUUCAUGGAUCAUCACAACCCCUCAGGCGAGCAGCCAGGGGCGGGGGACAGCAGGGACGAGCGACUGGACGUCACGGCCCUAAUGGCCGCCAUCCAGCAUGGGCAUGAGGCUGUGGUGCGUCUGUUGAUGGAGUGGGGUGCAGACCCCAACCACGCGGCCCGGACUGUGGGCUGGAGCCCGCUGAUGCUGGCAGCACUCAUUGGAAGGCUUGGCGUGGCCCAGCAACUGGUGGAGAAGGGGGCCAACCCCGACCACCUCAGCGUGCUGGAGAAGACCGCCUUCGAAGUUGCACUUGAUCGCAAGCACAGGGACCUUGCAGAUUACCUGGACCCACUGACCACUGUCAGGCCCAAGACAGAUGAGGAGAAAAGGCGACCUGAUAUUUUCCAUGCAUUGAAAAUGGGCAACUUCCAGCUGGUCAAAGAGAUUGCCGACGAAGACCCCGCCCACGUGAACCUGGUCAAUGGGGACGGGGCUACCCCGCUGAUGCUGGCCGCCGUCAUGGGGCAGCUGCCGCUGGUGCAGCUGCUGGUGGAGAGGCGAGCCGACGUCGACAGGCAGGACAGCGCGCACGGCUGGACGGCCCUCAUGCAGGCCACCUACCACGGGAAUAAGGAAAUUGUCAAAUAUCUGCUAAACCAGGGAGCUGAUGUCACUCUUCGUGCAAAAAACGGGUACACGGCCUUUGACCUAGUGAUGCUGCUGAGUGAUCCUGACACGGAACUUGUUCGACUGCUGGCAUCUGUCUGCAUGCAGGUGAAUAAAGACAAAGGCCGGCCCAGUCCCCCGACACCCCCACCCCACUCGAAGGUCCGACAGCCCUGGAGUGUCCCUGUGCUGCCCGAUGACAAAGGCGGGCUUAAGUCCUGGUGGAACCGAAUGUCCAAUCGGUUCCGGAAGCUCAAACUGAUGCAGACCUUGCCCCGUGGGCUGUCCAGCAACCAGCCGUUGCCUUUCUGUGACGAGCCGGAGCCAGCGCUGGACUCCACAAUGAGGGCCCCCCAGAACCAGGCAGGCCGCUCUGGGCCCCCCGAUGUGGCUCCCACGAUGAAAGACAAUGGUCCUGGGAGCACGAGAGGAGAAAAGCAAGAUGUGCUAUUGACAACCAUGCUUCGGAACGGAGCCCCCUUCACCAGACUCCCGAGCGACAAGCUGAAGGCAGUCAUCCCCCCUUUCUUACCCCCUUCCAGUUUUGAGCUGUGGAGCUCAGACCGGUCCCGGACUUGUCACACCGGGAAGGCAGACCCCAUGAAGACGGUGCUGCCCCAGAGAGCCAGCAGGGGCCGCCCCGUGGGCGUGGCCAGCGGGAGCACAGAUACCACUCCCGUCAGACCGGUUAAGUUUCCGUCUCUCACCAGAAGCCCUGCCUCUCCCGCCAAUUCUGGGAACUUCAACCACUCGCCUCAUUCCUCUGGCGGCUCUAGUGGGGUCGGGGGCAUGAGCAGGCAUGGUGGGGAGCUGCAUAACCGUUCAGGUGGCAGCAUAGACAGUGUCCUGUCCCAAAUCGCUGCCCAGAGGAAGAAAGCAGCCGGACUCGUUGAGCAGAAGCCCAGCCACCGGUCAAGUCCUGUUGGGCCGGCGCCUGGCUCCAGCCCGCCUGAGCUCCCGGUCUGCCCCGCAGGCGGCGGCGGUCCCGGCAGCAAGAAACCGGAGACGAGCAAGAGGCCCCCGUCUGGAACCUCCACUACGUCCAAAAGCACCUCCCCCACCCUCACGCCCUCCCCGUCACCCAAAGGUCACGCAGCUGAGUCCUCGCUGUCCUCCUCGUCGUCCCACCGGCAGUCCAAGAGCAGCGGGGGCUCCAGCAGUGGCACCAUCACGGACGAGGAUGAAUUAACUGGAAUCCUUAAGAAGUUAUCACUUGAGAAAUACCAGCCCAUUUUUGAGGAGCAGGAGGUGGACAUGGAAGCGUUCCUCACGCUCACCGACGGCGACUUGAAGGAGCUGGGGAUUAAGACGGAUGGGUCCAGACAGCAGAUUCUGGCCGCGAUUUCUGAACUGAACGCAGGCAAGGGACGCGAGAGACAGAUUUUGCAGGAAACCAUCCACAACUUCCACUCCUCCUUUGAGAGCAGCGCCAGCAACACCAGGGCCCCUGGAAACAAUCCCUGUACUUGAUCCUUCUUCUGUGGUCGCCGGACCCCAGCGCUG